UACGAUGCCGCUUGCGUGGUCGCAAGCACUAUCCCGUUAGUCCUUCUCCUAGAGGAGGACAUCCGCUGCCACGACGAAAAGGUAGCGAGGGGAAGUCCAGGACCAGACAUACGAAAGCGGCAAAGGGAAGAGACCAUGGGACGCUGGCAACAACAAUGGACAGCCGGAGCGGGGCAGCCGAGAUCGCCGGGGAUGAAGACGAGGAGAAUUAUCCCGGACAUUAUGUCCUGGGUAAAUCGUAAGCACGGAGAAAUUGAUUUCUAUCUCUCUCAACUCUUUACAGGGCAUGGGUUUCUCCGGAGCUACUUCGUCGAAAAAGGCAUCCUCGACGGCUCGCCAAACUGCCCGGUGUGUGAACACCAAGUGGAAGAUGUCGACCACGUAAUGUUCCACUGUCCACGGUUUGCUCGAACCCAACACGAGAUGCAGCAGCAGAGCCACACCCGCUUGACGAUAGAAAAUCUUGCAGCGGAAAUGUGUGCCAACAGCAACACAUGGGAAGCAGUCCGGACCGCCGCAAGGACCAUCUUCAGAAACCUCCAAGUGAGAUGGAAUGAGGAAAGUCCACCUACGGCCAGACGGAGACGACAACAACGCCGGCGGAACACGGAACAAACGGGACAGCAACAGCUACCGCCGUAACCGCACCAAAGGAUGACGACAACGGAAGCAGCAGCAGCAGCAACGAGUAACCAGAGCAGCAGCAGGAGCUAGACCCCACCGGAAGUAGCGGCUACGGACGGGCGGAAUUAAGCAGCAGCAGCGGAAGGAAGGCACGAAGCAGCAGCAGCAGCUGAGACAACUAGGACGGAUGACGCAGUAGCAGCAUUGGAAAGCAGCAGCGCGUCAACAGGAUGGGUGCAUCGCACAAACGUUCCUGCAUGGAGUACUACG